AUGGUCUCUAUUGUCAAGAAGAGAAAGACCUCUCCUGGCUCCUCUAACUAUGGAUCAAAAGUAUUCUCUCCUUUCAGAGCCCUUGGGAACAUCACCACCCUGACCCCGUUCACCGUGGGGACCCUUGGUGGAACAUACUAUAUUGCUACCUCAGUUGGAAGAUGCUUCCAAAUUUAUGAUGCCGCCACUUUACACUUGCUUUUUGUGUCUUCCCAGACUUCCAGUGAUAUCACUUGCUUGGAAGCCAAGUUCCAAUACGUUUACGCUGCGUACGGUAACACCAUCGGGAUCUAUAAACGAGGCAAGUUAUUAGAAUCAGUCAAAUGUCUUCCUCCAUCGGGGAUCAAAAACAACAAGGUGGUGAAAAUUUGCGUAUUCGGAGACUAUUUAAUCGGGGUCUGUGAUAAUAACUACGCUUACAUCUUCAAAAAGCCUGCUGAAGAAAACUCAGAAGACGUUAAGAAGCAACUGCUUCCAACUAAAUUUUACGCUCAUAUUAAAGUCAAUGAUUCGUACGGGCAAAUCACCAACGUUCUUCAUCCAGCAACUUAUCUCAACAAGAUUGUGAUCACCACUCCAUCACAUAUCAUGAUUUUCAACAUCCGUUCCCUCAAAUUGAUCCACCGUUCCCGCCAUGAUUUCUCACAAGCCGCGUUUGGUGCAAUUUCUACCGCAACCCUUGCUCCAGUACUUGAUUGUUUGGCACUCGGUACCUCUUUAGGUAAAGUGGUAUUAUUGAAUCUUAGAACCGAUAAAAUCAUUAAAGUGUUAGAUAUUGCCUCGACCAACACUAUCGCAGGCAGUGGAUCGGCGGUUUCUAGUAUCUCUUUUAGAACCGACGGUAUGGCCCACACGGCGAUUGGGUUAAGAAGUGGUGAUGCGGUAUUUUGGGAUUUGAACAAUAACACCAGACUCCAUAGAUUACCAAACGUUCAUCGUCAUGGAUUAUCCAAAUUGGAGUUUUUGAACGGUCAAGCGGUGUUCAUCAGUUCCGGGAAUGACAAUCAAUUGAGAGAAUGGGUUUUCGAUCCCCCAAUGAACAGCGGUAACGACAAGAGAAUUGUGGUUCCUCCACCUCGUCAUUUACGUUCCAGAGGUGGUCAUAGUGGACCACCUCGUGUCAUUGAUUUCUUGGAUGAAGAAGAUCAUUUCAUGUUAUCGGCGGCCGAAGACCGUACAUUCUGGAGUUUUUCAUUGAGAAAAGACUCUCAAGCGCAAGAAAUCUCCCAAAGACCUCCAAAAUCUGGAGCCACCAAAGGUAUGAGUUCCAGUAGUGCCAGUGGGGCCAGCGCCGGUAAAGAUAAGAUCCCAGAAAUGACCAGCCUUGCAAUUUCCCAAGCCCCAUACCUUGGAUGGGAAGACAUUAUUACUGGGCAUCAAGAUGAACCAUUUGCCCGUACUUGGAACUCCCAACAUAAAAGAUUGGGCCGUCAUUUGUUGCCAACCAUUGAUUCCACCGGGGUUUCUGCGGUGUGCGUUUCUGCUUGUGGUAACUUUGCCCUUGUUGGGUCCAACGGUGGGGGAAUUGGCAUUUAUAACUUGCAAAGUGGGGUGGCUAGAAAACAAAUCCGGUUCCAUGAUGGUAAAGUUGCCGGCUUAGCCAUGGAUAACAUGAACAAAAAAAUGGUUUCUGUCGGCCAUGAUGGAAUGAUGGGAUUUUAUGAUUUCAACGGUAGUAAACUUUUGGGGAAACUUGAUUUGGAAUCCCCAGCCACGAUUUUGAAAUACCACCAAGGUUCUGAUUUGGCGGCGGUGGUGCUUGAUGAUUUGAGUAUCAUUGUUGUUGAUGUGGUGACCAGAAAGAUUGUUAGACAGUUGAUGGGCCACAGCAACCGAAUCACCGGGAUCGAUUUCUCUCCUGAUGGUAGAUGGAUUGUCAGUUCAUCUCUUGAUGGUACGGUUAGAACUUGGGAUUUGCCUACCGGAGGAUGUAUCGAUGGGUUUUUCGUUGAUAAUAUCGUUACCGGGUUGAAAUUCUCCCCAACCGGAAACUUUUUGGCCACGGUCCACGUCACUGGUAAUGGGAUUUCUUUGUGGACCAACAAAGCCCAAUUCAAAUCGGUGGCCACUAAACAAAUCACCGAAGCGGAAUUUGGAAGAAUUGGUAAAAUGCCUAAUGCUGCUGGUGAAGGUGGUGCCGGGUUGCUCGAUGGGGCGUUGGAAGAUGAUGGAGAAAUCAUCCAUGGCAGUGAUACUAUCAAGAAUUUUGCUAGCGUCGAGCAAAUUGGUGAUGACUUGAUCACUUUAUCGCUUGGUUCAAGAAACAAGUACAGCACUAUUGUUCAUUUGGACACCAUUAAGAAGCGCAAUAAGCCUUUGGAAGCUCCAAAGAAACCAGAAUUGGCGCCAUUUUUCUUGCAAACUUUUGGGGACGCCAAAAAAGAUGAAGGGACUGAAGUCACCAUUAAUGCCGAUAAAUUGGGUAAUGUCAACAAGGACUUGGAAGAACAAGAAGAAGAUAAUAAUAAUAAUAAUGCUGAUCUUGAAGAUGCGGCAGUGUUGACAAGAAUCGCCAAUGGUGGAGCGGUGGAAUUUGAAAAUAAGUUUACCAAGCUCGUUAAGGCCACAGGAGAAGGGAAUGACGAAGCCAAUGAAGAGUUUCUUAAGUACCUCGUGUCACUUUCUCCAUCGUCGGUUGAUCUCGAAAUUAGAUCGCUUGACAUGCUUGGUGGCGAUGAGUUGACGAGAUUCGUCAAGGUUGUUACCGUGGGGGUUAGCAGUAAUAAGAAUUGGGAUUUGCUCGAAGCAAUCAUGAACGUGUUGUUGCGUACCCAUGGAGAUAUAAUUCAAGAGAGAUUGACCAAUGGAGACGAAGAAUUGGAAGCGGCUUUGCAAGAAUGGGGGAAUGUCAACAAAGAAAGCACCAAUCGUAUUGAUGAAUUGGUGAAGAAUUGUGCUGGGGUGAUCUCGUUUUUGGCGGGCAUUUGA